CUUCUUCCUUGCUUCUCUCCUCCUGUGAGGAUAUCUUUCCUCUAUCCCAUCCACCUCACGAGGAAUCCGCACUCGCUUUUGCUUCGCGAUUUAUUGCUUAGGGUUCUUGCUGUGUGGUGGGAGCAGUAGUGCACAAGAGCAAGCUGUUCUUGUGUGUGUGGUUCUAUGCCUGCUUGCUUGGCGAGGGGACGACGAGGAGUUGUGGGAGUUCAGGGGUGUAGGUAGCGCCAUUGCUGAGGCGGCGCGGGGAAGAUCCAGCGAUGUCGGAGGCCGACCGGAUACGCCUCCGCGCGGCGGCGCUGGCGCUGCACGACGACGGGGUAAGGGACAAGCCGGACGCCAAGGCGAACGUCUUCGCGGAUCUUGGCUCGCCGGUGUCGCCGCUGCAGCCGCGGGCGAGCGUGGCGACGUCCUCGUCGUCGUCCUCCGGGUCGGCCAAGUCGCCUGCGCCGUCGAAUGCUGGGAUGGCGGGCGGAAGGAGCCAUUCCGGCGAGCUGGUGGCGGAGAGCAACCCGCCGCGGCUGCCGGGGCACGGGCACCGACGGUGCGGAUCUGGGCCGUUGAUAUUCUCUGGCGGAAGCAGCGGGGGGAGCGGCGGCGGCGGCGGCGGCGGCGGCGGGGACCGUGGGAGCACGGCGAGCUCGCCGAUGCUGAAUGCGCUCCCCGCCGGGAACAUCUGCCUGUCCGGGCGCGUCCCGGGGCCAGCGGCCGCUCCGCCCCCGCCGCGCUCCCGCCCGGACGUGCUCGGAUCCGGCACCGGCCACUAUGGCCACGGGAGCAUCAUGCGCGGCGCCGGCAUGGCCCCGGCCAGGAGCAGCAUUGACGCCUCGUCGUUCCUCGGGCACUCCUCGAGGUCACCGGCAAGCUCCCCCGGGAGCAGCGGGAGCCUCCAGGACGUGACCCGCUUGGGGAACGAGUGCUACAAGAAGGGCAAGUUCGCGGAGGCGCUGCGCCACUACGACCGCGCCAUGGCGCUGUGCCCCGAGAGCGCCGCGUGCCGCGGCAACCGAGCCGCCGCGCUCAUAGGACUCGGGCGGCUCGCCGCCGCGCUCCGCGAAUGCGAGGAGGCCGUCCGGCUCGACCCGGGCAGCGGCCGCGCCCACAGCCGCGUCGCUGGCGUCUGCCUCCGGUUGGGGAUGAUUUACAAGGCACGGAGGCACUUCACCCAGGCGGGUCAUCUUCAGCAGUCCGACCCUGCUGAGUGGCAGAAGCUGCAGGAGGUGGAGAUGCAUCUGGGAAGAUGCACAGAUGCAAGGAAAAUUGGGGAUUGGAAAAGCGCGUUGAGGGAAGCUGAUGCUGCCAUUGCAGCUGGUGCUGACUCCUCUCAGUUGCUUCUUGCCUUGAGGUCAGAAGCACUUCUCCAGCUUCACAAGCUGGAGGAGGCUCACUCAACUCUUGCAUGCCUGCUGAAAUUGGAGAGUGCUCCGUCAUCUUUGACGGCAGAAAAACUCUCAGGCAUGCUCGCUGAGUCAUACGUACAUAUUGUCCGAGCUCAGGUUGACAUGGCACUGGGAAGGUUCGAUACUGCUGUUGCUGCAGCUGAGAAGGCUAGAGAUCUUGAUCCAGGGAAUGCAGAAGUUGGGAUGAUUCUGAAUAAUGUGAGACUAGUUGCAGGAGCUCGAGCACAAGGAAAUGACCUCUUUAAGGCCGCCAAGUUUUCUGAUGCGUCUAUAGCCUAUGGCGAAGGGCUCAAGUAUGAUCCGUCAAAUUCAGUGCUCCACUGCAAUCGAGCGGCUUGCUGGUCGAAGCUAGAACGGUGGGACAAAGCUGUUGAUGACUGUAAUGAGGCACUAAGAAUACAGCCAAAUUAUACAAAGGCUUUAUUAAGGCGAGCUGCGUCCUAUGCUAAGCUUGAGCGUUGGGCUGAUUGUGUGCGGGACUAUGAGGUGCUUCGGAAAGAGCUUCCAAGUGAUAAGGAGGUUGCGGAAGCUCUAUUCCAUGCCCAAAUUGCCUUGAAGGCAACUCGUGGUGAGGAUGUAUCAAAUAUGAAGUUUGGAGGAGAGGUAGAGAUAGUAACCAAUGUAGAGCAACUCUGUGCUGCCAUAAGUUCACCAGGGAUAUCUGUUGUCUACUUCAUGUCGGCAAUGAAUCAGCAAUGCACACAAAUGACACCUUCGGUGGACAUCCUUUGCACUGAAUGCCCCUCAGUGAAUUUUCUAAAGGUUAAUGUCGACGACAGCCCUAUGGUAGCAAAGGCAGAGAAUGUGCGGAUAGUCCCGACAUUUAAGAUCUACAAAGCCGGGGUGAGAGCAAAGGAGAUGAUCUGCCCUAGCUUGCAUGUAUUGCGCUACUCAGUGAGGCACUAUGCUGUAUCCAGUUCUUGAGAAGUUUAGAGUACCAGCACCCCAAUUUCCCAAUUUCGUUGAUGAAUAGUAGAGCUCCCCUUUCCCGUCAAACUUGCAACAUUAUCAACCUCCAAAGCAUUCCACCAGCUGCAUAAUCAUUCCUCGUUGAGCAUGAGCAUAAUGAGCUAAGAUUGGUAUGUGGAAGAGCCUCCUCCCAUAUUCGCCCCCAUUCCCCCAUCUGUCUUUUUUUUCACCUUUUCCCGUUCAUAUGCCAACCUCAUUCAAUACUUUCAUCUUUUGGGCUCUUUUCACCUCUUGCAUUUGAUACUCCAUUUUGAUUUACUUCAUAGUAGUCCAUAGGCCAGCACCCUGCUUCUCAAGAAAGGGGAGUGUUUGUUCGUAAUGUUGUCUAGAUUUAGCAUACAUCUUUUAGGGAGGAGAGAGAGGGGAGGGAGGUAGAGAGAGGGGUGUGAUUUUCGUUACAUGUACAUACCUUAUAGCAAAACAUGAGAAAUCCAUUGGAAGAUUGGUUCCCUGGAGAAAAGACGAGAAAUGGUGGUAGCAGAUUUUGGUGGUUGGGGUAAGGUACAGGGCUAGCUGUGAUCUUCAUUUCAUUAGGGUCUUUAAAGAGAGUGGUUAACUGAUGACGCAGAGAGGGUGGAGAGGGAAGGGUUGGUGUUCAAUCGAUGACGAUAUCGUUUUGCUGCUGCUUCUGCUGGUUUGUGGUGCCUGAUACCAUAUGCUACCAUUUCUAUGAAUAAAACAUUCCAACAUUCAUUCGUUUUUCUGUUCGUUUUUACCCUGUUAAUCAUUAUAUUCUCUGCUCUUUGUUCUU